CGGGGACAGUAUUCUUCUUCACCAUGGUUUAAGAAGGGAACCGCUGAUAACAAGACCAGACCAAAUGUGAUACUACCACAUUAUUCUCUGUAUGAACUGUAAACUGGGCUCACCAAUAUGUCACAGAGGAAGGAUCCUGCAGAAACAAAAUCUGAAGACACUCAAAGUGAAAAUAUGCCUAAGCAUGCAACAUGGGACGAGGAGGCUCAAGAAGAGCAUCUAAGAAGAAGGAUUUCAUCUAGAAGAGAAAAUAUUAGGAAAAGGUUUGCUGAAGAGUCUGAACGUAGACCACUUGAACAGAUUGAAGGAUACAAUGAUUCCAACAUACAGGAAUAUCCAAGUGGAAGUGAAAAUCAUCUAGCUAAUAUGAUACGAGACCGAGUGAGAGAUAAACUGAAAGCUGUAAAGGCAGGGAUUGCAAGUUCAUUCACUGUACAAGAAUCAAUAACAUCUGCACAGACUCUACAGCCCCUUAGUGGUAAAGACCCAGUGACGAGAUUUAACAGGACACAUGAUACUGAGCUCGACGAGGAAGGAUCUACAUUUUUUACUGGUACUUUUGAAGACGCAUCUGAUUCAGGAGCAGAAGACCAAAUGACACAACUAAAUGAGUUAUCUGAUGAUCAUGUUACUGGAUUGGAAACAGCUAGAAGUUCCACUUCACAAAGAAUGGAAGAGCUGGAAAAGCCAAUCCAAGAAACUGGUGAUCUAUCAGAAAGUGAAAGCAAACUUGAUUUAUACUUGAGUGACUAUUUACUUUCCGAUAUACUAGAAAGGGUACCUGCUGCAUAUGAAUCAAGAAAAGAGCGAGAAAAGCAAACACAAAACCUUUUCAAUCCCAGAAUGUCACUAGUGCCUUCAAGUAGUAAACUGCCAGAAAAUGUUGAACCCCGUUAUCUAGAGGAGGAGGGCUUCCAUAUUUGUCACAAACCUUAUGUGUUGAAGAAAAAUUUGAACAAAAUGGAGAAUCGCCUUCUUAAACAAACAGAGGACUGGUUUGGUGAAGAUGGGAAUAUGAUUGCUUUACCAGACCCAAUUAAAAAACUCUGGAACUAUACACUACCAACAUCGUAUCUUUCAGAUGAUUUUGAAUCAAAAUUAGAGACGGUAUACAGGAAAGCUGUCAAGAGUGACUCAGGUCAUCAUAUUGUGACAACUAUAAGAGCCACUCAUAUCUACCAAUUGGAUAUUGAUAUUUCAAGCUUGCGUUUUACUCACCAUCCAUUAUUUAGCAAAGAACAUGUUCUGGCAGCUAGGCUUACACAGCUUUAUAACAAUUAUCAACACAGACAACAACAAAAUGUCACUGAGGUCCUAACAGAAAAACUUCAAACACUGGAAAAUACCAUAAAGAAUUUAGAAAGUCACUUGGAAAGAAAUUCUAUAAAUAUUGGUAAAAUUGAAGAUUUAAAGAAACAUAUAAGAGAAACGAGGAGACUGCUGGCUGUUGAACGGGAAAAAGAUCAUACUCUGAUUAAAAACAUUUUGACGGUCUGGAAACAGAUCAAGUCUUUGCGUAAAUUUCAACAGUGUAUUUGUACUCCAGUAAAACUACAAGUGCAAAAGAUGAAAGUGAACCGUAACAAAAUUGAAAGCCAAUAUAAAGUGGAAUUAUUUGCAGAAGUAAUUGAACAGGAACAGGAACUUCAAGAAACUUACAGGAAAGAAAUGGAGGUGUAUAAAGAAAAAAUGCAAUUAUGGAAAAAGAAACAGGGAACCACAGGAUAUGGAAAAGGAGAGAAAUCAGUUGAUGAAUAUACAGACUAUGAUCUAGAAAAAACACCGGAACCAUCUGCUCCACUCGAUAGAGCAGCAAUCGAAGCUAUGGUGAAAAGAAGAUAUAAGUUGAUUUCUAGACAACGUGAUGAGCUGAUUCUAAUUCCUGAACUUUCACUGACAGCAGAUGUAACACUAAUAUCAAAGUGUUUUUGGGAGGAAGUACAGAGAAGGAUGGAAAUAGAAGAACAUAAAUUCUUUAUUAAUAUUUUCUACAAUGAAAAACUUGUUUCUUCCACUGCUGUCUGUAAAUUACAGUUAGAUUUUCAUGUUCAAUUUAAGCAGAUAUUCAACAUUCAGAUAAUUCAUGAUCCUGAAAGUAUUAGACUGGAGAUACACGAGAUCACAAGCAAAAUGAACAAUAUAUUAGCAAAUGUGUUUGUACCUAUUCCUGAAGUAACAUUGCUUACUGGCAGUGCUGUUUUGGAAGAGAUAGAAUUUAGCAGUGCGGAAACAGUUUCACCUAGUCAUGAAGGAGUUGGAAGCAAUACUCUUUUAUUUUUGGAUGAAUAUAAUUCUGAACCAGUUUUAUUAAUGACAUCUGGAAUAAUAAUAUGUGCUGUAUCAUGGGGAAUCGAUAAAAAUGGCAAUGCUCUUUCACCACCUGCACCAAGGCCAAAAUCCUUUAUAGAGAGUGACCUAAACACCAUUGAUGCUAUUGCAUCAAUUGGGGUGUCCUGGUUGAACGAUAUACAGAAACUUGCUGAAUGGGCAAAAAAAGCUAGAAUUGAUCCCCAUGAUCCCCAGAAUUCAAGCCUGAUGCAAUUAAUUGAGUACAAAAGUGAUGCAGAUCAACAUGCUCUUCAAUACUUUCGAUUGGAACAAAUGCAAGAAGAGUUUAACUUUGUUACAGAUAAAGAGAUGGAGAAAUCUAAACGUUUUCUGUUGUUAAUACUUAGAGAUUCUGGAGUUUCUGAAUAUUCUUACUUUAAGCAAGUGCCUCCGUAUGAUAAAGAGAUACCUGACAGCAUUUUUCAGGAUGUUGAAAGCCAAAAAGAUGAAGUUUUUAUUAUUAGUGGUGAAGACACAGUGGGAGAACAAAGAAUAAUGGCCAUUAAAUACUUGGAAAAGGUAAAAGCAACUGUUGUAAAACGACUUUUAACGGUUAAACAUCAAUACACAUUAGCUGAUAUUGUUGUUGAAAGUGCUGAAGUUUCCACCAUAAGCAUAAUAAGUAAAGCCAUCCUUAAUUUGAUUACACCUCGACAAAAUUUGAAACCGCUGAGAAAGGAGAGAAAAAAAGUACCUGUACAGACCCUCUCUGAUGGUGAUAUCAAAAUGCUCAUCAACAUAAUAACAGCAUAUAAUAUACCAAUGAGGAAAUGCAUUUCCAGGGUACCAUACCGAUCAUUCUCCCCAAUGGCUGGAAUUGCCUCCGGGGGCCAUUACAACAAGUCUGCGGGUGAAGAGGAUCCUUUUCAUCAGAUUCGAGUCCAACCCUUUGUAGAAGUAACAUUUCAACGAUCAACAUAUCAGACAAGUAUUGCUGAUGGAACCCAGCCAUGUUGGAAUCAAAAACUUGAAGUUGAUUUCAAAUCCCCUAAUGGAGAUUACAAUGGUGCAAUGUUAUGCAAAAUGAAGGAUAAAAUAUUCAUCAAUGUAUUUGAUAGUGUAAUUUUGGAAAACAUAGAGAAUGACUGCUACAAGAGUUGCACUGUUAAGCCACGUAUUAAACAUUGGCUGGGGUCCAUUACUAUCCCAUUUAAUACUAUCCUUCAGCAAUCAAAGGUCAGUGGGACAUUCAAAAUGAAUACCCCACCAAUGUUACUCGGAUAUACCUGGAAGAAAAAAGAGGCAGGGUCUUGUGAAGAAUAUUUUGAAUUUGGUCUUACAGAGGGAUCCCUUUUAACAUUGUUUAUUACUCUGGACCCUCAGAUUUCAUGUCUAGAUGAGGGAAAUCAACAAUCACCUUUGUUGCAGCUGGAAACAAUUGAAGAUGAGAAGAUUAUACAAUUGGCCUAUCAAUUUCAAAAGGAAUGUGAAGAUCUUUUUCCAAAGAGAAGUCUUAUUACCAGUGUCAUCGAUAGUGAAUGCAGAGUUGGGUUUGUCACAAGAUACAUUAGGCCACUGGCCCCAUCACCACAAUUGUUAGAGGCUUUCCCUAAGAAUUCACAAGCAACUUUGAGACUUAUAGCUAGAUUUGUGUCCUUGAUUCCAUUUAUUCCAAGUAGUCUGAAAAUUUCUAAUAGUUGCAAUAUUUGGUUAACAUCACAGCAAUUUCUUAAUCUGGCUGUUGGAGAUGAAGCAGAACAUGCAGUCCUUCUUUGUAAUUACUUCUUGCACAUGGGGAUGAAGGCUUUUAUAAUCUUAGGAAACUCAAUUUUUGCAGGAGCAACAGUGAAUGUGAUUACUCAAGAAAAAACAAACACUAUGAUCUGGAAUCCUGAAACUGGGGAAUGUUUUGAGCAAUUUAAUGCAUUUUGUUCAUUGCAAACUGUUGGUUCCUUGAUCAAUAAUGAAAAUAUCUGGUUUAAUGUUCAAAAGAAUAACAAUCUUAUGAAUGUAAGUUUUGACGUCUCGAGGGAAAAUAAUUGGCACCCAUUCUUCAGAAAGAGUUCAUCCCAUCGUGUGCUUACGAGUGUGCAGCCACAAGAAUUAGUCUACUACUCUACAGAAAGAAGCAUCGUGAUAAAAUUACAAAACAGAAUUGAAUGGGCACUAAAAAACAAAAUUAUGGAAUGGAGAGCUCAUCAACCAACUCGGUGGAAUCGUUACUGUGCCACGGUGCUUUACAAUGCUCUUCCUAUAUUAGAACAAAACCUUGGACAACCUGUGAGUGAAGAGUACAAUAUAGAAAUAGAAUCUUUGUUAAAAGAUUACAAGGUUUCAGGAUUUCCAAUUCAGAUGCGAUACACAGAAUUACAGAUGAUAAUUGAGAAAGUCAACAGCACAGGUGUCCAUAAUAUAGACCUACCGAACAUUGAGUUUGCUCUUGCAGUAUAUAUUCAUCCAUACCCCAACAACAUAUUGUCUGUGUGGAUCUAUGUAGCAUCGUUGUUUCCAGAUAUAUAG